UCCUGGAUUCACUCUUAUUAAAAGCACAAGGACCAUUUUGUUCAUUUUCUCUAUAUUUUAUGGUCUUCAUUCUUCAACCUUAGAGGUGCAGUUGAAUUUUUUUUUUUAAAAAAGAAAAACAGAGAGAGGGAGACUAGCAUAACAAUGAGUUUUCCAACGAAGAAAGCUCAACAGCUUAAAAUGCACUUUCACAGUACAAGAAAGGGGGAUGAUGAGACCAUUGAGUCCUAUGUGAAAAGAUUGAAGUCCAUAGCAGAUUCUCUAGCAGCAAUCGAUAGUCCAAUAUCAGAUUCGGACAUGGUGUUGCAACUUCUUGCUGGUUUGCCUAGUGAAUACGAGCCCCUCAAGAAAAUAAUAUCAUCAAGGUGGCCUCUCCCCACUUUUGAAGACGCUUGUUCCAUGGUGUACAUGCAGGAACGCAAAUUUUUGCAGGAUCAUCACGAGGAGCAAAAUACAACUGAUCCUCGUAUUGUGGGUGAAGAGGAGUCUUCUGGUUUUACUACCCUAGAGAAAGUGGGUACUGUAGUGAGAGUAGUGAGUACUGUAGUUGUUACUGCAGCUACUGUAGCUGGUGUAUUACCUACUGUAGCUGGUGCAGUUGGUGCAGUGGGUGCAUCGAGGAUGAUUGUAGGUUGUGCAGUGUGUGCAGUAGGUGCAGUGGCUAGCUGGAAAGUUUGGCAGUCGCAAAAAAAAUUACGGAUAUGAAUAGAGCUAGUCUUAUUGUGUUUGUAUUUGUUGUUUAAUUAAGUAACAAUUGGGUCUAACUGAUCUUCAUCUUCUAAAACCUUGAAUUGUUACUCCUAUUUAAAGUUUGUCUUUGAGAUGUAUGAUAUGCAACAUGAUGUGAAGUUAAAGUUGUAUUACAAUAUUUUCAUUUUCCUUUCGGGGCAUUUUUGGUAUGGAGGUAUGUUUUUUCUUCAA